UGUCGUCGUCCAUUUCCAAAAAUUAUUUUCUCAAUUCAAUUUGUGCUUGGUUUUGGAUUUCGGGUCUGUGGCCAAAGUGAAAAUAGGAAAUUUCCUCAUCGGAACGUCUCAAAAUAAACACAAAACAACAUAAACGCGGAACAUUGCAAAUUCACGAGAUUCCUGUUUACAUUUUUGCCUGUUUAAUUAUUCCAGAGCACUUAUAAAAACAUUUACCUAAAAAACCUACAAUAACCUAACAUGAAUCACCUUAAAUGGAUGGGCCACACGGCAACCAUCCUCGACAUACAAAAGGCACUAAAAAAUGACCCAGCAACCUGUGACAUUACGCUUACUUGUCGAGGAAAAUCGGUGAAGGCUAAUCGCUUCGUGUUAUGUUCCUGCAGUGAUCUGCUACGAGACAUUCUAAAUGAUGUCCCUGUUGGACAGGAAGCGACGAUAAUAGUGCCAGAUAUCAAAGGUACAUUGCUCGACAGUGUCUUGAGCUUCGUUUAUAUGGGAGAAACGAGUCUUUCGUCGACUAACCUGUCGGAUUUCCUCGAAGCUAUCAACGUACUGGGAAUUAAGAGUGCUAUAAGUUUUGAAUGUGCCACCAGUUAUUCCUCUACCAACAUCAAGAAUGUCCCAGAAAUCACCGAGAUGGAAGAGGAACUUAUGGAAGCAGAACCGGAGCAAGAAAUUGUCGAGGAGAAAGAUGAAGAAGAGGACCAACAAACAUGCCCAGGCGAUACCAAUGUGCGUGAUCUCGAAUUUCUUGAGGUAUACAACGAACAAGACAAGAUUAGUUACACUAUCGAAAAUAUCACCCCAAAUAAUCCAAAUGAAUACAUUUUAACCGAAAGUUCAGGAACGUUUACUCUGACCCCGAAUAUGAAGAUAGAAUCGACAGCAGUGGGAGCAUUGGUGGACAAGGCUGAUGAAGAAACUCACUUGAUGGAACAAUAUGUAAACGACCCCAUAGGCGAUAGCAGCCACUGUUCAAGUGCAGACCAGAGCCAAAAGGAAACCAAACCCAAUAAGAAAUUAAAAGACGAAUUUAGUGAAUUUCAAGGACUUAGCCCCGAUGAACGUAAAGACAUAUCUAGAGCGAGUUUACAAAACUUCAACGAAACACAAUCGGCAAGAGUCGAAGCACUAGAGAAUGCAGUCUUAGCUGUAGUAGAUGAGGGCAAGAGUUUGCAAAAAGCUGCUAUAAUGUUUAACAUAUCCAAAACAGUUCUGUGGCGAAGAGUAAAAAAACACCCCCUAUAUAUGAAAACAACUCGCGAGAAUCCACUCAUAACGGCAGCAUGUGAACGACUCAAGAGUGGAGACUCACUGAAAAGUAUCAGUCAAGCACUUGAUAUUCCAAUGUCGACUCUCCAUCGACACAAAGUGAGACUGGCACAGGAAGGCAGGCUACCCGACUAUGUCACUUUUAAGAAACGCGGUCCAUUAUCUAAAGAAGUACUCAAAGCUAAACUAAACAAGGCAGUGAGUGCUUGUUUGGGUAAUGGAAUGUCUCAGAAUCAUGCAGCAAAUGUGUUCAAUGUUCCAAAGAGCACACUUUGGAGACAUCUACAAAAGAAAAUGUGUAGCUCCACAGAUGAUCCGAAUAGUGUGUGUAUUAAGGAAGAAAUUAUAUCGCCAGAGAACUAAUUGAAACAAAAUAUUGAAGUAAGGUUAAGAACAAAAACAAAAAAUUGAUGAUCCUUCUAAGAAAAAAUUAAUACACUCAAUUUAUUGGUUUAGUAAAUAAUUUAGUUGAUAGUUUGAAACAAUGUAUAUUUUACCAAAUGAUAAGAUUUUUUUUUGUAAAUACAGAAUAUAUUAACAAUAAAUAGUGUUAAACGCUAAUAAAAUGAAA